AUGGUCCUUAUGAACCUGCGGCAGUCGGAGUUUGCCAAAGGCGUACCAGUUUUUCUUUACUUGAGCGCUGAUGCCUCACCUCAAGGAAGCCUAGAGUAUUUUAUCGUUCUGGAGGACCGUGUUAGUUGUGAAAACGCUGCUAUGAUUGUUGAAGCUACUGAAGAGGAGAGGAACCGGUGGCGCAAGGAAUGCAAUUUGAAAACAACAUGUUUACCGACUCAAAUUCUAGGCAGCGGCAAAGCCAGUUCAGCUGCCAAGUACGAAGCAUUGGCUAGUGCGGUGAUGCUGGAUUCCAUGUGGGAAGGCAAUCCCGUCCAUGCCUCGCGAUACGGAGCCUGCGUCAUUGGUUACUGCUCGGACUUUGGUCCAGAAGCCAACGUGACUGGACUUCCACAGUUUUGCAUCCAAGAUCUUCUGAAGCAGAAUGUUGCAAACAGUGGGGGGCUACUGGCACUGAAAAGUGAAAUGUCGAAACAACACCUUACAGCUCCAAUUCAGGAUGAAGGAGAAAUUUUUGAGGAUGUUAUGAUACUGGAACCGCAAGACUACUCUGGACCUGGGCCAUCUUUACGGGAUGAACUGGAUGAAUACCUGGGUGGAACGCCAAUGCGGUCUUUACCGCUCUUGCGACAGUGGGUGGGUGCCCUGAAGUUAAUCCGGCUGGCUGAACGAGAAACUGAGGGCCAACACCGGACAAUAACCCAGGUGUUCAAUCAUGCCCCUUCAGCAUCAGAAAGUUAUGUCUCAACAGAACUGCGACAACGAUUGCUUCCCAUGUAUUUUUCUACCCCUCAGGAGUUGGCCGAUGCUGCCAAUGAUUUCGAAACGAUCGCGACACAGCAAGGAUCUUCUCAGGCAGUCGCGAGACUGGUGGGUGGACACGACUGCGUAGCUACCAAAUUGCUUUCAGAUCGAGAGCAAAAGCAUCUCAUCUACAAAAGGCAAACACAAUUUGCAGCUGGUGAUGUGGUCUCCCUGCUUGUGUCCACAAGCAUUGCCUCACAGCUGGCCAGCAAAAAGUCGCAGGUCUCGAAAGCUCUGAAAGAUGUUCAAGUAAAGACACCAACCGGAGCUUUAGAACAUCUGAUGCUGCAGCACUUCCGGGAGACUGCAAAUCACUUGUUUUUCUACAGUCUUCCCGUUGAUUUGGUGAGAAAGUUACCUAUGAAGCAGCUUUCAGUUGCGUUGACAUCCAUGCUGUCAGUGAAGGGGAAAGCUGCUCAGCCAUCUGGCACUUUGCCGCUGGGACCUGAACAUCAAUCACUGCCUCUACAAGAUCGGGUACCGGCUUUGCCCCAUCUUCACCAGGAGCCUUCAAGUUUUUUGGGACCAUUGGAAGAUGAGUGUUCGAGCAGCAAUCAUGGCGAAAGUAAGCCCGCUGAGACCAAGCUUGACUUGGAGCAGUUGAUAUCGCUUUGCCAGUGUGAUGGCCUUCUGCUGUUCAAGGUGGCUGACAAGAGCCCACAUUUGAAGAAACGGCCUUUGCACAGCGUAGACAACUUGCUGCCAUCAGAAAUUGCAAUUCGAUUGUACCGGGCUGAACUCAUCAAUGACACAGACAUCCAGAUCUCUCCCACGGCUAGUUCGGAGGUGCCACUGCUCCAACUAUUCACAGGUGAUCCACAGCCGGUGAUUGAUCACUUGCGUAGCUGGAAACUUGAUGUGGGAUUUUUGUUGAAGGAAAGUGGAAGGGCGUUCCAGCAACGUGUGCCGUGCCCCCUUACACUUGCGUCUGUAGAUCUGAAGCGGAAUUUCAAGCCCACUGCGUUCGAAUUGUUUUUGGAACUACGAUCAAGAGGCUGGGAAUGGAAGACCUGGGGUGGCAAACCUGCAGACCUGAAGAGGCUGUCCAUUCAACUUGAUCCGUUGCUGGGGAGAGAUGUGUACUACAGUGGACAGUUCCACCACUGUUUGUGCUUGGUGACGCUCCCAGCAAUCUCAAAGGAUCUUAGAAACACCAGCUUCUUGAUGCAUGGGCAGCUUGAGAUCUACUACCAGACCGCCUUUACACUUGCCCAGCAAGCACGACUGGACGAUCUUCAGCAGUUGCGUCCGAACCAACCGGCACAGUUCUACAGGACUUGGAACAGGACGCUGUUGACAUCUGAUGUGGAAAAUCCAGCUGAUCAUGCUCUACAUGAGGAGCCUGAUGAAGAGGCCUACAUGAUGUGGGCAUGGUGGGGUCAGGCCUUCUAG